AUGGAGGUGAAUACCUCCGCUAGCUGGUCGACCUACCCCCUGAGGACGCGGCCUGGAACUCCAUCGGGCCCGGAUGACUUCCGAGGCACGAGCACCUUCGGCCUGGUCGUCUACCUGGGGCGGCAGAAUCAGGAGGGCAGCAACUCCAACGAGGUUUCCAGGACCGUCUCUCGGAUCAUCAGGCAUCCCAAUUACAACAGCCGCACCGGCGAAAACGACAUCGCCCUCCUCCGCCUCUCCUCCUCCAUCACCUUCACUAACUUCAUCCGCCCCAUCUGCCUGGCAGCAGCCAACAGCACCUUCAAUCGGGGCACCAACAGCUGGUUGACAGGCUGGGGCAGAAUCAGAUCAGGAGUGCCCCUUCCCUCCCCACAGACCCUUCAGGAAGUGGAUGUGCCGGUGACGGGGAACAGGAACUGUUUCUGCCAGUACAACCCGAGAGGCGUCACCAUCACCGACAACAUGAUCUGUGCCGGGAGGGACGAGGGGGGCCCCUGUCAGGGCGAUUCUGGCAGUCCGGUGGUGAGUAAGCAGGGUGCCCAGUGGGUCCAGUCUGGCGUUGUGAGCUUCGGUAUCGGCUGCGCCCUGGCCCAGUUUCCAGGAGUGAAUGCACGCGUCUCUCAGUACCAGAGCUGGAUCAACACCCAGAUCACCAGCGACCAGCCGGGCUUCGUCACCUUCACCUCCACCGGGACAGACGCAGACCUGAGUGCCACCUGCACCGUGUGUGGGCAAGCGCCUCUCAACACCCGCAUAGUGGGGGGAGAGGACGCCCCUGUGGGGGCGUGGCCAUGGCAGGCCAGCCUUCACAGCAGCCGCGGCCGCCACUUCUGCGGGGGGUCCCUCAUCAACAAGGACUGGGUGAUGUCAGCCGCACACUGCUUCCCAAGCACGAGCACCUUCGGCCCGGUCGUCUACCUGGGGCGGCAGAAUCAGGAGGGCAGCAACUCCAACGAGGUUUCCAGGACCGUCUCUCGGAUCAUCAGGCAUCCCAAUUACAACAGCCGCACCAGCGAUAAUGACAUCGCCCUCCUCCAACUCUCCUCCUCCGUCACCUUCACUAACUUCAUCCGCCCCAUCUGCCUGGCAGCAGCCAACAGCACCUUCAAUCGGGGCACCAACAGCUGGUUGACAGGCUGGGGCAGAAUCAGAUCAGGAGUGCCCCUUCCCUCCCCACAGACCCUUCAGGAAGUGGAUGUGCCGGUGACGGGGAACAGGAACUGUUUCUGCAAGUACAACCCGAGAGGCGUCACCAUCACCGACAACAUGAUCUGUGCUGGGAGGGACGAGGGGGGCCCCUGUCAGGGCGAUUCUGGCAGUCCGGUGGUGAGUAAGCAGGGUACCCAGUGGGUCCAGUCUGGCAUUGUGAGCUUCGGUAUCGGCUGCGCCCUGGCCCAGUUUCCAGGAGUGAAUGCACGCGUCUCUCAGUACCAGAGCUGGAUCAACACCCAGAUCACCAGCGACCAGCCGGGCUUCGUCACCUUCACCUCCACCGGGACAGACGCAGACCUGAGUGCCACCUGCACCGGCCUGCCUGCUGUCACCACCACCACCACCCCCACCACCACCACUCCCGCCACCACACCUCUACCGGUGGUGUGUGGACGGGCCCCUCUGAACUCUCGUCUGAUUGGUGGAUCAGACGUGUCGGCGGGGGUGUGGCCGUGGCUGGCCAGCCUGCACCUGAAAGGGACACACACCUGCGGAGGAACUCUGGUGUCCGAUACGCUCGUGCUCACCUCAGCCAACUGCUUCUCCAGCUCCAGCACUCCUUCUGAUUGGACGGUGUUCCUGGGCCGCCUGCGACAGAACGGCUCCAACUCCAAUGAGGAGUCUGUGGGUGUGGCCAACAUCACGCUGAGCAGCCUAUCAGGCGAGAACGUGGCCAUGGUGCAGUUGACCAGGAAGCCCACCCUUUCCAACUUCAUUCAGCCAGUCUGCGUGGAACAGAAAGCGGGCGCCAUCGCCACGGGAACCACCUGCUGGGUCACAGGCUGGGGCAACGCACAGGCUGGAGGUGAGCAGCCCCUUCAGGAGGUGCAGACAUCAGUGGUUGCCUGUGGCAACGCAUCCUCCUCUGCUGAUGACAUCUGCACCAACACUCUUCAGUUACAGCAGGGUGAUAUGGGAGGUCCCCUCAUGUGUAAGCAGGGCGUGUCGUGGUUCCAGGCUUCAGUGAUCGCUGUAAACUCCUCCUCCUCCCUGUCCACCUCCAACUCCAGAGCCGCCAGCCAAUCAGAUCGCUCCUCAGUGCAGGUCUUCAGUCAGAUGUCUCGGUUCAGCACCUUCCUGUCAAACUUCUCCUUCCCUGCGACCUUCACCUCCGCCACCAGCGGGGGACGCCACUCCUACACCCCCCUCUCCCUCCUCUCUCUCCUCUUCCUCUCCCUCUCCGCCGCUCAGCUGGCCUCCCAGCACUAACCCUGAGGUCACAGGUCAUGACUGCCUACAAUCCACUACUGAAAUAACCAAACGAGGUGUGUGUGUUUGUGUGUGAGAUGUAUGUGUAAGUAACAUCAUUAAUCAGGGAUCAAUUCGGUGAUGGGAGCACUGUAGCUAAGAUAAUUAAAGAUAAAGAUAAAUAAAACAGCUUUGUAAGCGACCACACUUGUCAUGACAUUGUGUGUGUUGGUGUUGGUGUGUGUGUGUAUGUGUAGCUCUGUAAGCGACCGCACUUGUCAUGA